AAAAAAAAAAGGAAGAAUUUUCAAGUCAAGCAUAGAAGAUUAGUAGAUGAUGAAGAGAGAAAGCACCUCUACAUCAUAUUUCUAUUCUUAAAAAAAAAGCUUCCAUUAUUAGGUCAUGCUAAGCAAAUACGUAACUGUAAUCUACGACUUAGACAUAAGAAGCUUAUUUUGGUCAUUUUGUAAAGAAAUAUCAUCACAUGUAUGUUAGCAUACUUGUAUACAACUUGUUACUCAAAAUGCAGAGACUGCAAGGUCAUUCUCAUGAAGUUAUCAAGGGUAAUAUGGUAAUCCAACAUAUAAUUAAUCUUGAAAAUUUUAUGCUUUUCUCAAUUUUGUUUCUAUCACGAAAGAUGCAAUUCAUAAUAUCCAAAUGGUCACUAUAAAUAGACCUCCUUGUGGUGGUUAGAUUCACGAACAUAACAGCAAGUCCUUUAGAAGUCCCUCAACAAGCUCAGCAUUCACUCACAUACUCAUAUUCCAUACUCUUCCCUUCUCAACAGCAAUGGAGGUUGUGACCAAUUUCAUUGCAGAAAGACCAGUUGUCAUAUUCAGCAGGAGCUCUUGUUGCAUGAGCCACACCAUUAAGUCACUUAUUUGUGGAUUUGGAGCUAAUCCUACAGUUUAUGAACUCGAUCAACUUCCAAAUGGUCGAGAAGUUGAAAGAGCAUUGGUCCAGUUGGGCUUGAACCCGAGUGUACCAGCCGUGUUCAUUGGGCAGCAGUUAGUUGGUGGUGCUAAUCAGAUCAUGACCCUGCAAGUGCAGAACCAGCUAUCUCCCUUGCUCAGAAGAGCUGGAGCUAUAUGGGUUUAAAACACAGAGUCAUUUCUAAACUUAUACCAUGCUGCAAAUAAGAAGAUAUCCAUCUGUCUCCUUUAAAUAGUAACAUGAGAUCAAAGCUAAGCACUUUUGUUACCCUAUAGAGCCACUUUACCCUGUGCCUUCUAUUUGGGCUGAGCAGGGUUAUACUUUUCAUGUGUUAGGCUCAAGAGAACUUGUAUUUUAGCUUUUACCUACAAUAUCCUUUGAUUGUGCUAAAUAAAAGUAUACUUUAUUUACAUGAUUUGCGAGAAUGGUUCAACCUUUUUCACAUUGUAUAUGGGGAAAUACACUUGAACUAAAUAUAGGUGUGAAAAAAAAGUACCAGAAACCAA